GCACCUGCUGAGCGGAGGGGGACUGAGUAAGAUGCCCAAAAAUCAUAGCCAUGCUCCUCAGCCACGAGAUCACAACUGAAAACAACCGAUAAUCUACAGUGUUCUGUGUUGCCAACGUUUUCUGGAUACAGUGUAUUGUGUUGUGCGUUUUUGCAUCCCAUUAUGUCUACAAACUGCCCAUCUGUGUCUUCUGCUUCUGGUAUGAAGAAAAAGAGGACGAUAAUUCCUCUUAAGAUGAAACUCAAGAUAAUUGCCUUGCGUGAACGCGGCAUGCCAGUAACAGCCAUCGCACGUGAGUUAGGAAUUCCACAAUCGACGAUCUCGACCAUCUUCAAGGAUAGGAUGCGAAUCAGAGAUGCAGCCAAAUCGUCAGCAUCGGUUAAAUCCACGGUCAUCAGGAAAAAAAGAGCUGGGCCGAUUGGUGAUAUGGAGAGAUUACUUGUCACGUGGAUGAAAGACCAGAUACAGAAGCACAAACCGCUCAGCUUAUCGACGAUCCAGGCUAUGGCAAGAAGUUUUUUCAAUACACUAAAAGAGAAUUCCGAUGAUCCCACAUAUCCACAAGUGUUUACAGCAAGUCCUGGAUGGUUCCAACGCUUCAAAAGGCGUAAUAAUUUUAAUAAUGUGAAGAUCAGCGGUGAGGCAGCAAGUCCCAAUACUGAAGGUGUCAAAGCUUUUAAGGAAGAGCUGAAUAGGAUAAUUGUGGAUGAGAAAUAUUUGCCAGAACAAAUAUUCAAUGUCAAUGAAACAUGCUUGUUCUGGAAGCGUAUGCCAGAGCACACAUACAUUCAUCAAGAGUCCAAGACAAUGCCAGGAUUCAAGACAUACAAAGACCGUGUAACGCUGCUUUUGGGUGGAAAUGUUGCAGGUUUCAAAUUAAAGCCUUUACUGAUCUACCACUCAGAGAGCCCUAGAGCAUUGAAGAAUGUGAGCAAGGAAACGCUUCCCAUUUAUUAUCGUUAUAACAGGAAAGCCUGGAUGACAUUAGCAUUGUUUGCCGACUGGUAUCUAAACUGUUUUAUACCGGAGGCAAGAGAAUAUUGUAGGCAAAAUAACAUCCCAUUCAGAAUUCUUCUGAUCUUGGAUAAUACUCCAGGACAUCCGCAGUAUAUCGGCAACUUGCACCCCGAUGUAAAGGUCGUAUAUUUGCCACUGAGCAUAACUGCACUCAUUCAACCAAUGGAUCAAGGCGUAAUAGCUACGUUCAAAGCCUACUUUUUUCGGCAAACCUUUGCGCAGGCAGUUCGAGCGACUGAAUCUGGCCGAACACUCCGAGACUUUUGGAACGGUUUUAACAUUCUAAAUGCUAUCCGGAACAUCGCUGCAGCGUGGAAAGAUGUCACACAGAAAUGCAUGAAUUGCGUUUGGAAGAAGGUUAUGAAGACACAUGUGGACACAUUCAAAGGUUUUAACAAAGAUUCUGCUGUUGAUAACAUAAUAAGAAACAAGAUAUUGGUGCUUGGGAACCAGCUAGAAUUGGACAUUGAUGAAGAAGAUAUUCAUGAGCUUGUUGACAUUGAGGCUGAAGAACUUUCCAAUGAAGAGCUGAUCGAACUGGAGGAAGAUAGAAGAAAAGAAGCUGAGGCAGUGGAAGAAGCAGUUAUAACCGAGCCACCAAAAACGUUCACAACAAAGACACUGGCGGAGGCGCUUGCUGCUAUCAGCAGGGGCGUACGGAUGUUGGAGGAAAUGGACGUCAAUUAUGAGAGAUUCACAAAAACUGACAGGCAGAUACAGGAUGCUCUUGCCUGCUAUAGGGAAAUAUAUAAUGAAAAGAAUAAAGAAUAAAUAAACUGUAUCGUCAAAACUUGAUAUCUUCCUGAAGAACACUAUGCCCGCUAAACAAUCAACAAAUGUUGAUGCACCAGUGACUUCUCCCACUAUUCUCCAGCCUUAUCAGAAGAGAGAGAAUGUUUGGUAGGUUAGGUUUAUUGAAUGCAUUUUCGACUUACAAUAUUUUCCAUUUACGAUGGGUUUAUCGGAACGUAAGUUGAGAAACACCUGUACUUCAAACCGUGGUCAUUCCUCGUUUGCCCUGCUGCCAUCCAGCUGAAGAUAAAGAAACUUUAAGGGCCUGUCCCACUUGGGCUUCAUUUGCGCGUCAUUUACGCGAAAUCUUAAAAAUUGGUUGGCGCAUCGUGACGAGCGCAUGCUGAGGCGCUGUGGUGAGCCGCAGUGGUGUAUGCAGUGGUGUAUGCAGUGACGAGCGGUAAAGUGCGACGCCCCAGGAUUUUGGAAUGCUCAAAAUCCUCGCGCAUCACCUGCAUGACGUAUCCCUUGUGCACGCUGAUGUACCGAUGGCGUACGUGUAGCACAUGGUGAUGCACCAUGACGCACGAACGUUGUCUAUGCUAAUUUAAUCAUUUAAAAAAAAAUUUCACUGGGAAAAUCCUUGCCACGUAUAUUGGACUAAGUACGAACGACUUCGCAAAUGUCUCCCAAAAGAAUCAGGGCCCUCAAGCGCAAUUUAUCGUGUGACUGUCGUACUGCAAGACGAUUUUCAUACGACAGUCACCACCAGCCUGUCGUGUAAAUGACACGCAAAUGACGCCCAAGUGGGACAGUUCCUUUACAGCGCACACAGCCAGACUCAGGUGCAGCUUCUUCCUCUCUCUAUCAGGCCCCUGAAUAGUCCUUCCAUAAGUUGUAUCCAUUUUUAUAUUGAAUGAAUGAAAUAGAUUUCAAGUUAUGUAUUACUCUGUUAUGGCCAAAUCCAGGUAAUGUGUGAAUGUGGUGACAAUGCCUGUAUUAAAACCACUCAAUUUCCAGCUAUGUUGCACCAAUGUUGGAUGCUUCAGAUAAUAUAUUGCACUACAAUGCUGAGAAUUAUAUUCUGUACCCUGUCAUUCCCCUUUUUUAUACCUAUUGUACUUACGUUUGGCUUGAUUGUAUACAUGAAUAGUAUUUUCUGAUUUAAUCGGAUUGCAUGCAAAAUAACUGUACCC